UCCGCUGGGUGUUCAGUUCUGAUGCAGUCCGACUCCGCGCUGCGAGUGAAUCUUCAACCAGAAAACACAUUAAAAUAAUAAAAAAUAUAGUAUUAAAUCAGCGCGACUUAAUCUGAAUCAGCCCGCGAUCAGAAGUGUAUCAGACUUUAACUGAAGGCCCAGACUCCUGCACAUAAUUCGACUCGGUUGGAUUGACUCGGUUCGCAGUUGAGGUUUGGAGCGGGAGGACACAGUCCUGGGCUCGGGAAAAGUGAUCAGUCUGCUGCAGACAGCAGGACUGUCCUGACCGUCCCGCCGCAUCAGCGCCCCGCUGCAGCCCCUCCCCCCGAGAGCAGCUCGUCGGAGGGUCCUGAAGCCCGCAGAGCCGGCUUCAUCUCUGGGCUCUUAUGAUCUGCUGACUGGAGGCUGGCAGCGCUGGACCUGCUGGAGGUUCAGUUCUGGAAGACUGGAGGAGCCUGGCCCGGUUUUUCUCGCUCACUCUGGGGGUUCUGAUUGUUCUGGGAGGAUUUAACAGGAAAUGAAAUAAGAGUUUGAAGAGUUUUCUCUUCGUGUUUUCUACAAAAAACCCACUUGCAUGGAUGUAUCAUGGCCACGUUUGUAUGCAGGGUGCAGUUUCUAGAUGAUACUGAUCCAUUCAACAGCACCAAUUUUCCAGAGCCAACCAGACCCCCUCUGUUCACCUUCAGAGAGGACAUCCCUCUUAUUAACCAGAUUGCGGGGGUGCACAGACUCCUCAAAGCGCCACAAAAGCUUGAUGACUGUGCACUGCAGCUAUCCCAUAAUGGAAGCUACCUGGACCUGGAGUCUACUCUGGCGGAGCAGAGAGAUGAGCUGGAGGGCUUUCAGGAGGAUGGAGGGAGGGGCAAGAAGCACAGUGUUAUCCUGAGGACGCAGCUGUCGGUCAGAGUGCAUGCCUGUAUCGAGAAGCUCUAUAACUCAACGGGUCGAGAGCUGAGGCGAGCACUCUUCUCUCUAAAGCAGAUCUUUCAGGAUGAUAAGGACCUGGUGCAUGAGUUUGUUGUGGCUGAAGGACUCACCUGUCUUAUUAAAGUGGGGGCGGAGGCUGACCAGAACUACCAGAACUACAUCCUCAGAGCUCUGGGGCAGAUAAUGUUGUAUGUGGAUGGGAUGAACGGGUUGAUUGGACACAAUGAAACAGUGCAGUGGCUCUACACACUGGUGGGAUCAAAGUUCCGGUUGGUGGUGAAGACUGCGUUGAAGCUGCUGCUGGUGUUUGUGGAGUACACUGAACCCAAUGCUGCUCUACUAAUCCAGGCUGUAAACACCGUCGACAACAAACGAGGGUGUAAGCUGUGGUCCAACGCCAUGGAGAUUCUGGAUGAGAAGGACGGAGUGGACACUGAGCUGCUGGUGUACGCUAUGACCCUCAUAAACAAGACACUUGCAGGGCUCCCGGAUCAGGACUCCUUCUACGACGUGGUGGACUGUCUGGAGGAGCAGGGCAUUGAGGCUAUUGUCCAGCGGCACCUGAGCAGAAAGGGCACGGACCUGGACCUGCUGGAGCAGUUCAACAUCUACGAGAUGACUCUUCAUCACGAGGAUGGUGAUGAUGAAACGGCUCCGCCCCCCGUGGGCCGGAAGGACCGCCGUAGGGCGAGUUUGUGCGGGACGCUGGAGAGGCGGGGUCUGGAGCGUAGGCGAAGCCGCAGACAUUCGUUACAGAGCGGCAAGGGCACCGCCUCUGCUCCCGCCUCUCCCUGCCAUAGCCACGCCCCUAGUUUCCUGCCAUUUAAUGGUCAGAGGACAGAGGACAUCACAGAGAGAGAGGAGGAGGAGGAGGAGGAGGAGGAGGAGGAAGAGGAGGAGGAACUUCUCUCUAGACAGGGAUCUGGCAGCUGGAUGGCGCCGGCCGUAGUGAUUGAAGAGGAGGUUCCUAGCUUGUGUUUGCCCUUUAAAUGCAUGGCCAGCCUCAUGCCUGUUGGUGCCAACCCCAAACUGCAGCACGGUGGCCGUUCAGGAACUCCGGUGGUCUCCAGAGAACCGGUGUCCUCCGCUCCAUUAACUCCUGAUUUGGGCCCCUAUGCCCUGUCCCCCAGCCUCUCCUCCUGGGCCUCCGUUAGGUCCCUGGGAGCCCUCCCUUCUGGGGGUUCCUCCGUCACCUCCUCUGCCUCCACCUCCCCCAGCGAAGACCCCACCUCGCCUGCCCCCCUCCCACCUUCGUCCCCUCCCCCUCUCUCCUCCUGCCCCUCAGACUCGGACCAGGUGCCCAUGCAGGUCCAGAGGGGUCGAGACCCAGAAAAGUGCUCCAGUCUCUCAGAUGUUAGGUACCUAAACACAUCCUGCUCCUCAUGGGCCAGAUCCACCUUUACUGUGGGCAGACAGACAAACUACUCCGCCACCUUCCCUGGCAGAUCAUCCAGCAUAUCCAGCGCCCCAUCCACCCCCUUCAGUCGCUUCAUAUCUACAGCAGGAUCACCUGUAGACAGCAAACCCGACAGACCCGCUCUGGGAGGUCUGCUGAGCUCCUCAUACCGGCAGCACCAAGAGAGCCUGGCAGCAGAGCGCGAGAGGAGGAGGCUGGAGAGAGAGGAGAAAUUGCACCGGAUCGAGCGAGUGGAGAGGAGCCGCUUCAGUCGGGACUAUGUGGAGAAGAGGGAGGAGGUCCGACAGGCUCGUGAGGAAAGGUAUAAGCAGGUGGAGCGUCUGGCAGUGGAGGAAUACGAGAAGGAGCGCGUGACAUCAUCAUCUCGAGGACGAACAGAGAUCACGCUUAGCCUGAGCUCACGCACCCCCAUCACCACCCGCCGUCUCAUACACACCCCCACCCAGCCUCAGGAGGACACGCCCACCCACAAACACACUGCCACACAGGAAGCCGAGCAGGUGGAGACUGCAGCAGAACCGCCCUCAGAGCCAGAACCAGAGGAACACAAUCCCAUGGACGAGACGGACAUCACCCUGACGCUCCUGCAGAUGGAACCAGAUCCGGAGCAGAGCAGGAGACUGGAGCAGGAGAAGGCCGAGGACAAACAAAACCAGGGAUCAGAGGAACGGAGUGAACAGGAGGAUUUGAACGCAAAAGAGGAAGAGGCGGAGAAAGAGGAAGAAGAGAAAAAGAAGGAAGAAGAGGAAGAGGAGAAGGAAACAGAAGGUAAAACAGAGGCUGAGGAAGAGGAGGAUCAGGAGAAGGAGCGGCUGGUGGACGAGAACACCGCUCUCAGCGAGAAGGAGAGGCAGAACGAGGAACUGAACGAGAAGGAUAACUGCUCCGCCUCCAGCAUCUCCUCAGCCAGCAGCACUCUAGAGCGUGAAGAGAAGGAGGUGAAACUGAUGAGUGACAGUGACUCAGGUCAAUGGACGGACUGCACGAAGGCUCCAGAAAUGAACGAGAAAUGCGGCAGAGUCCUCAACAGCAAGCGCUUUAUGCUGGACAUGCUCUACGCCCCUAACAAGAAGCCUGGAACAGCAGAGGAGGAGGAGAAGGAGAGCAAGAAAGAGCGAGAGACAGAGCGAGAGUCUGGCCUGGCCAGUCGGAUCUCCACCCUGGACGCCCGGCGGCAAACCUGCGAGGAGAACCUAAGGAAGACAGAGGUAAAGCAGCUGGACCAUCAGGGCAAUGUGAGGGCUGUGGCUGAGAAAUUUGGCGACAUCGUCAAGGGUCUGACUUCCACCCACGAAGGAGAGCACAAUGGGAAGGAGAAGCAGGUGCCACCCAAGCCCACGACCUUACCCACGCCUGCACCUCCCAAGAAAGAGUCGGACCACAUAUGGGACCAGCUGAUGGCCACGCCUAGAGAGCUCAGAAUAAAAGAAAUGGACUUUACAGACCUGGGGGAUGAGGAUGACGUUGAUAUUUUGGAGGCUGGAAACAUGAUGGGGUCAGACCAGCUGCCUCCUCCGCCUCCACCUCCCUGCAUACUGAACCUCCCUCCCCCACCUCCCCUAUUAGGGUGUCCACCACCUCCCCCUGUCCCUGGUAUGAUGAUGGCCCCACCUCUGCCACCGUCCGUGUCCCCAAUGUCCCCCUCAAACCUCGGGUCCCCUCAGCACAACCGGGGGGAGCCACCACUCUUCCAGAAGAAGAGGAAGACCAUACGCCUGUUCUGGAACGAAGUCAGACCCACAGACUGGCAGUACAGCAGCCGCAGUCUCUGCAAGGAGUCCCUGUGGUCCAAACUGGACCCGGUGAAACUGGACACGUCCAAGCUGGAGCACCUGUUCGAGACCAAGUCCAAAGAGCUUCCUGUUACCAAGAAAACAGCAGCUGAUGGCAAACGGCAGGAGAUCAUCGUUCUGGACUCCAAGCGAAGCAAUGCCAUCAACAUCGGGCUGACAGUCCUGCCGCCACCCCGCACCAUCAAAACCGCUAUUCUGAACUUUGACGAGUACGCGCUCAACAAGGAGGGGAUAGAGAAAAUUCUGACCAUGAUUCCCACAGAGGAAGAGAAGCAGAAGAUUCAGGAAGCUCAGCUGGCCAAUCCCGAUACUCCGCUGGGCAGUGCUGAGCAGUUCCUCCUCACGCUGUCCUCUAUCACUGAGCUAAAUGCCCGCCUGCAACUCUGGGCCUUCAAGAUGGACUAUGAGGUUCUAGAGAAGGAAGUGGCAGAACCUCUACAGGACCUGAAGGAGGGCAUGAAUCAGCUGGAGAAGAAUAAGACACUGCGUUUCAUUCUGUCCACGCUGCUUGCCAUCGGAAACUUUUUAAAUGGAUCAAACGCUAAGGGCUUUGAGCUGAGUUACCUGGAGAAGGUUCCGGAAGUGAAGGACACGGUGCAUAAGCAGUCCUUGCUGCAUCACGUCUGCUCCAUCGUGGUGGAGAAGUUUCCGGAAAGUUCUGACUUGUACUCUGAGAUUGGAGCCAUCACUCGCUCUGCUAAGGUGGACUUUGACCAGCUGCAGGACAACCUGUGUCAGAUGGAGCGACGCUGCAAAGCAUCUUGGGACCACCUGAAGGUCAUUGCUAAGCACGAGAUGAAGCCGGCACUGAAACAGCGCAUGACGGACUUCCUGAAGGACUGCGCUGAGCGGAUCAUCAUCUUGAAGAUCGUCCACCGACGCAUCAUCAACAGGUUCCACGCAUUCCUGCUGUUCCUGGGCCACCCACCGUACGCUGUGCGGGAGGUGAGUGUCCAUCGCUUCUGUAAGAUCCUGAGCGAGUUUGCGCUGGAGUAUCGCACGACCAGAGAGAGAGUACUGCAGCAGAAGCAAAAAAGAGCCAAUCACAGAGAGAGGAACAAAACCCGCGGAAAAAUGAUCACCGACAGUGAGGAUGAAGAAGAUGGUGAGACUGGCAAGUUUGCGGGUUCAUCGGUGGAGGGGCAGGAGGCUCCGCCCCAGGGGCUGGGGCACGCUGAGGACGUGACAGAGCAUGAGCAGAUGACUGCAGUACUGCGCAACAGCCUGCAGGGCAGUGAUAGCACCACAUCUCUACUGCCCGGACUCCGCACGCGCACCAGAGCCAACCGAGGCCGCAUGGCGCUGUGGUCCUCAGCUAAUGAGGAUGCGCAGAACGGCAUGGAGGAUACAGCCGACGAGAUCAUGGAGCGAAUUGUGAAGUCAGCGACUCAGGGCCCGGGUCAGCACAGCCAACCGCGAGAGAGGAGGCGGUCCCGAGCCAACCGCAAAUCCUUGAGAAGAACACUGAAGAGUGGGCUGACCCCCGAGGAGGCGCAGGCACUCGGACUGGCCAGCGGCUCAGAAAUGCAAGUCUGACCCUAUAAAAGACUAUCGCAGCUCAGGGUGUCAAUACACACGCGCACACACACACACACACACACCUGAACCUGGACUGGACUCUGCAGCCUGAGAGACAAGACAAGCACAGCCGGCUGCCAUCAAUCUUCUCCUGCACAACGUGCUUAAAACACACACACACACUCUGUUAGCCGUGUAACUGAAGGACCGAGCGCCAGAGAUGACCCUGCGUUUAUAACCACUGUGGCCUUCAGAGUGAACCCAAAGAGCUGUGCUAAGCGAGGCUGUGCUCUUGCGCCCCCUGCUGGAGAUCACAGGCACACUCUAUUGAUUUGUAGCACCUUCAGGACUAAAGGGGAAUUUACAAUCCACCAUAUUUCAAAAAUCUCUGCAGAAUUCAUUCAGAUUCACGGUUCAGUGUAAAAUGGUUCAGUAGCCAUAACACCUACACAUCUUUUGACCAAAACGGUUUAUAUUAAUAAUAUAAAACAUAAUAAUUAAUAAUAAUAAAACGUAAUACAAGCUAAUACACAUUUGUUUGGGGAUUAUUUGCUGCCACACAACACCCUGUAGGGUGUAGUGCAUGCAUCCCACCACCACCACUUAUAGAUGGGGAAGGUUUUAGAAACAAAAUCCUCUCAGGACUCUGAAAUGUGUUUAUACUCACUCAGAAAUACAUUCAUAAUUAGAUUUUACUGCAGUUAUCUGAUUAUUCAGAUGCAGUCAUGUAAAAAGUUAAACAGUGUACUCAGGUUUUCUAGAUCUAAAAAUCUGAUCAAGGGAGCUGUAUUUUGACCUCCUUUAGGCCCUAUCUAAAGAUGUUUUUACCUUUAACAUCUAUUACUUUUGUACUUCACUAUUGUAAGUCGCUUUGGUCAAAAGCCUCUGCCAAAUGUAAUGUAAUGUAUUUUACCACAAUAAUCAGAUUCCUCAGCUCAUGCAUACUAUUAACUGGAGUAUUCUGGGAUGAGGAAGUGUGGUAGUGGAUAUAUGCAAGCUUAUUGGCCGGUUACAAAACAAAACAAAAACAUUUUGUCUGACUGAUAUCUGUUUUACCAUUAUCUGAUAACCCAAGUUCAUAUAAAUGCACUAUCAGGUAUCAGGCAGUGUAUUUGUAAAUUUUAGGUGUUCUAGUAAGAUAUUCUAUCCCCAUUCACAAUUAAACUUUCAGACUGAGUCUGAAUCUGAUCCCACACUGAAUGACUGUUUGUAUUAUGCAGAGAUUUUUGAAAAUCGCGUGGCUUCACCCUUUAAUAACCAGUAGAACCUGUGGAGCACACCUUUAUAAACCACUGAGGAGGAAACCGCUCCUUCUCCCUGCACUGCUGUGGUAUUAUUAUUACUAUUUUUUUUUUUUAUCAGACCUGCAUGUUUUAUGUCAAAUAAACAGAGUUCACAGAACCGGCGGUGUAGACUGAUCCAGAGCUGGAACGUGGCCAGUACUGCAGAACACACACUGCUGACCCCAAGAACCUGCAGGCCAUGCUGAACAUGCUAAAUGUGUGUCUAAACAAGAGAUUUAUUCCAGACGGUUUUAAUUUAAUUCUUACAAUAGAAUUAAAGAGGCAGACAAGGUAAGGGAUAAACCAGGAAACUCACUUAUUGUACUAGUGCAUUAAAAAAAUAGAGUAUCAUUGAAAGGUUACUUUAUUUUAGUAAUUAAGUUCAAAAUGUGAAACUCAUAUGUAGAUGUAUUACACACAAUGUGAUCUAUUUAGCCAUUUAUUUAUUUAAUUGUUAAUAAUUAUGGCUUACAGCCAAUGAAAACCCAAAAGGCAGUAUCUCAUGAAAUUAGAAUAUUAUUAUUAUAAAACCAAUUGGUACUUUUGGCUGUGUGAAGUCCUGUUGGAAAAUGAAAUCUGCAUCUCCAUAAAAGUUGUCAGUAGAGGGAAAACAAAACUGCACUGACUUUAGACUUGAUAAUAAAACACAGUGGAUCAACACCAGCAGAUGACAUGUCUCUCCAAACCAUCACUGACCAUCAGUAAAUUUUACAUUUCAUUUGUAAAUCAAGGGAGCAGAGUCUGGAGGAAGAGUGGAGAGACACACAGUCCAAACUGCUCGAGGUCUAGUGUGAAGUUUCCACCAAUCAGUGAUGGUUUGGAGAGACAUGUCAUCUGCUGGUGUUGAUUACAUUUUUCAGCAGGACUUGGCACACUGCUCACACUGCCAAAACUAUUAAUUGGUCUUAUAUAGUAUUAAAGUUUUCGGAGAUUUUUGGGUUUGUGUAAGCCAUAAUCAUCAACAAUAAAAGAAUCAUAUCUAUGUAAUAUAUUGAACUGAGUUACUGAAAUAAAGUAACUUUUCAAUGAUAUUCUAUUUUGAGAUGCACUAGUAGAAGUCAAUGGGAAGAUACAGCAGACAGAGAAUAGGACAGAUAAUACCCGUUUACUGCUUUAACCCAUUACACAUAUAAGGGAUAUGAUGGUUCAGUGCAUGACUAGUAAAGAAAUAAGCUUCAGGCCAGACUUACACACGGUAUAGUGACACAAUUCAGUAUUGUGCCUUUAGAAAUCAGAGAGGGCGUGGUCUCAGCACAACAGCGAUGUUGGAACACAUCUCAGCAUUUCUCCAGCAGAACUUAUCCCCACAGCGGUACUACACCCACCACCACACGGUCCAGUAGCACCUCUAGCACCUUAUUAUGUGUAACAUGGAGGAAUUUGGAGGAAUUUCAAGUAUUAACAUAAAGUAUGCAUUUUUUUUGUCUUGUCGCCUUCUCAGAUUACUGAGUACUGUAAUAAUUUGGAACAUGAGAGGCUGCGCAAGAAAACGAAUGCUGUACAAUUGUGUAAAUGACACUUUAGUUUUUAUUUUUGUGUCUGUGUUUUGUUUGUAUUUUGUAUAGAAUAGUGUAUUAUAGAUCAGAAGCAGUGUUAUUCUGUGAAAAGUGUAAUUUAAGAAAAUUAAAGCAAGUCAUGCAUGAUGCAAUAAAUAAAAACACAUUUAAAACAGACAUUUCUUUAGGCUUUAUGAUAUAGAAUGAUGCAGGAGAUCAUGUGACUUGGGUUUGGAGACUCAGUGAAUUCUACUUUUUGUGGCUUCAGUGUUUUUACUCUCCGCACACACUUGAAGUGGCCGCCGAGGGCCUGCGCCUCUCCUGCUCAAACGCCUUCGGUAUCGCUUACCGUCCGCAGAAGAAUCUGGAACAUUUCACCCCACUGCUGCAAGUGCCAUAACAUGUGGGUAUGGAAUGAGAGAACCUAGAAUGUGAAUCUGUCUUGUUAAUACCCACAGCAAAAAUAGAAGUGUAUACUGUAUACAAAUCUUGCAAUAAAAAGCUUUUAUGAAGCAUCCAGAGAAACAAA